CAGAGGUAACUGAAAAAGAUCUGGAGUUUGACGUGACAGCUUUUAGAAAACCUCAAAUUUGUUUAGGUAACAACAAUGGGUGUAAGAAGAGGUGCACUUAUUGUCCUCGAAGGAGUCGACAGGGCUGGAAAAACGACGCAGUGCAAAAGACUUGUUCAAGCUUUAAGAGACAGUGGAAAAGAGGCCGAAAUGAUGAGAUUUCCCGACAGAACCACUAUGAUUGGCCAGCUAAUCAGCUCGUAUUUGGAGAAAAAGAGUAAUCUGGAGGACCACACCGUGCACCUUCUCUUCUCAGCGAACCGUUGGGAACAAGUGCCUUUAAUGAAGAAGAAACUGGAGCAGGGGAUUAGCUUGGUUGUGGACCGAUACGCAUUCUCUGGAGUGGCAUUUACCAGUGCCAAACCAGGCUUCUCUCUGGAGUGGUGCCAGAACCCAGACGUGGGUCUGCCAAAGCCCGACCUGGUGAUGUUCCUCCAGGUGAACCCGGCUGAAGUGGCAGGGCGUGGAGGGUUUGGAGACGAACGUUAUGAGACCAGCGUCUUCCAACGGGCUGUGCAGCAGAAGUUUGAGCAGCUGAUCAAAGAUCCCUCAGUUAACUGGAAGGUGAUUGAUGCAGCCAGAAGCAUAGAGGAUGUACACACAGAAAUAAAGACACUGAGUGAAAAUGCCAUUAACAUAGCUGAAAAUCAGCCAAUUGGAGAGCUAUGGAAGUAAACUCUGACCAAUCAGAAUGGCCCUAAAUAUUUGGAGAAGGACCAACGCUUCAGUACAGUUCACAAUGACUCAUCCAUUUUCUGAACUAAGUAAAAGGAAGUGUACAGAGCAGGAGUAAAGGUUAUGGCAAAACUAGUGCAUUAACUUAACUUCCUUUGGCUGGAACAUCUAAUCCUCCGUUAGUUGGAAACUGAGAGUUUAAGAGGCCUUAGUUUGACUAGUGCAAAUCUUGGUCUCAAACUUUCACCGUUCCCAAUCAUAAGAACAUUAUUUUCUUUGACAUUAUUCUCUCUCUAGUAAUGGAAUGAAUAAUUCCCUUUACUAGUUAUUUUAA